CUCGAGGUUCUAGUCCACUAAGGUGCCAGCUCCGGCUGACUAAGCUCCCCUCCCAGCUCUCCAGCUCUCGUCAGUUCACUGAACGUCCUCUGCCAAAAAGACGUUGUGUCCAACACUCCCCGACGCGCCUUCACCGCCAGUGUUUAAACCACUUCCAGAACUUUUUCUCUCCCCCCUCUUUCUCCUUCGCCCCCCCACUGGCUGUUGCUCAAUCUAUCUUCAAUCUCGAUCUCGGUUCCUUUUUGUGCCACUCCUUCGAGAGAGUUCCUCCUCCCCCUCUUCCCCUCCCGUUUUCUGUUUGGGGGGUUUCCUUGUCUGCGCGGUCAAAGCUCAGGUGUUUUGCUGACCCAAGCCCCUCCAACUCGUUCCCUCUACCUGCCCCACCAGUCACCGAACUACCAUCAAUCCACUCGGCCUACUCCCCUGGCUUCUUCCUUCAUCGUUCGAUCUCUGAACCAUCGCCCUACCUUGCCACGUUGAUUUGGCUUCUGCCUCGGUCAAUUCCCUUCCGCUCCCCCGCCUCCUUCUCGGCUCCAUCCUUUCAUUCCGGCAAGCCUCGGUGACGGCCACUUCGUGACGGCGAAAGCGCCAAUCUCUGCGGCGGCAUGUCUAUUUCUGUACAAGAGCUGGACAACACGGUCCGCGCCUUCUUUGAAGGCAAGGGCGACGUGCAAAAGCAAGCCCAGCAGACCUUGACCGAAUUCAAGCAAAACCCUGAUGCCUGGGUCACCGUGGGCAACAUUCUCCAGGAGGCGACAUACCCCCAGACCAAAUAUAUCGCCCUACAAGUUCUCGACGAUGUGAUUAUGACCCGAUGGAAGGUCCUACCAAGAGAUCAGUGUCAAGGUAUUCGAAACUUCAUCGUCAACUUCAUCAUCGAAAACUCCGGAUCCGAAGAGAAGCUCCGUACUGAGCGCGCCUUCUUGAACAAACUGAAUCUGGUCCUGGUCUCGAUCUUGAAGCAAGAAUGGCCACACAACUGGCCCACGUUCAUCAACGAGAUUGUCUCCUCUUGCCACGCCAGUCUUUCCAUCUGUGAAAAUAACAUGGCAAUCCUUCGCCUACUUUCGGAGGAGGUCUUUGACUUUUCCCAGGAUCAAAUGACCUCGGUCAAGGCUCGCAACCUGAAGACCUCCAUGACCCAGGAAUUCGCCUCCAUUUUCCAGCUGUGCUCCGAAGUCCUCAACACCGCCACCCAGCCGAGUCUCGUCAAGGCGACCCUCGAGACUUUGCUUCGCUUCUUGAAUUGGAUUCCUUUGGGGUACAUCUUCGAGACGCCCAUCAUUAAUACCCUCCUGACUCGAUUCCUGGACGUUCCCGACUUCCGAAACGUCACCCUCAAGUGUCUCACGGAGAUUGGUGGGUUGCAGAUUGGCACUCCCUACAACUACGACGAGAGGCUGGUGCACAUGUUCACUGAGACCCUGACCACGGUAUCGAACGUCAUUCCCUUGUCUCUGGACUUGAAGGAGACCUACGCUCGAAGCAAUGGACGAGAUCAGGAAUUUGUCGCCAAUCUGGCUCUUUUCCUCUCCAGUUUCUUCAGCGCCCACUUGGAUCUCAUCGAAAAAUUGCCCAACCAAGACUUCCUCACCCAUGCCCAUUUCUACCUGAUUAGGAUCAGCCAAAUCGAAGAUCGCGAGGUGUUCAAGAUCUGCUUGGACUAUUGGACUCGCCUGGUUCAGGAGCUUUACGAAGAAAUGCAGCAACUGCCCAUCACCGACAUCAACCCCCUCGUGACCAUGGGGGUCAGUGGCCUGUCCAACGGCGGCGCGCCACACCCGAGCACUCUUGCCAAUUACCCGCUUCGCAAGCAUAAAUACGAGACUGUGCUGUCAAACUUGCGCACUGUCAUGAUUGAGAAGAUGGUCCGCCCCGAGGAAGUUUUGAUCGUUGAGAACGACGAGGGCGAGAUUGUGCGCGAAUUCGUGAAGGAGAGUGAUACCAUUCAGCUUUACAAGACCAUUCGAGAGUGCUUGGUUUAUCUGACCCAUUUGGACGUGGUCGACACUGAGACUAUCAUGAUUGACAAGCUCGCGAAGCAAGUGGACGGGUCUGAGUGGUCCUGGGCGAAUUGCAACACCCUGUGCUGGGCGAUCGGCUCCAUCUCCGGUGCCAUGAAUGAGGAAACCGAAAAGCGGUUCUUGGUCACCGUCAUCAAGGAUCUUCUUGGCCUGACGGAGCAGAAGCGUGGCAAAGACAACAAGGCUGUGGUAGCCAGUAAUAUCAUGUACAUCGUGGGCCAGUACCCUCGAUUCUUGAAGGCGCACUGGAAGUUCCUGAAGACGGUGGUCAACAAGCUUUUCGAGUUCAUGCACGAGACGCACGAGGGUGUCCAGGAUAUGGCCUGCGAUACUUUCAUCAAGAUCGCCAACAAGUGCCGACGGCAUUUCGUGGCACUCCAACCGGGUGAGAAUGAGCCGUUCAUCGAAGAGAUCGUUCGCAACAUGAGAAAGAUCACCAUGGAUCUUUCUCCCCAGCAGAUUCACACUUUCUACGAAGCAUGUGGCUACAUGAUCUCUGCUCAGGGUCAAAAGACACUCCAAGAUCGGUUGAUCGAGAACCUGAUGCAACUGCCCAAUUCCGCCUGGGAUCAAAUCAUCGCGGAAGCCAACCAAAACGCUGCCAUUCUCCAGGACGGCAACACGAUUAAAAUCAUUGGCAACAUCAUGAAGACGAACGUUGCAGCAUGCUCGUCUAUUGGAACUUACUUCUAUUCUCAGAUUGGCCGCAUCUACCAUGACAUGCUGAAUAUGUACCGUGCCGCCAGUCAGCUCAUCAACGAUGCCGUGGCCAACGAUGGAACGAUCGCCCCCAAGACCCCCAAAGUUCGUGGGCUUCGCACCAUCAAGAAGGAGAUCCUGAAAUUGAUCGAUACCUAUGUGGAGAAGUCCGACGAUCUGGACAUGGUGAACGCUAAUAUGGUCCCGCCGCUGCUUGAGGCUGUUUUGGUCGACUACCACCGCAACGUGCCCGAUGCCCGAGAGGCCGAGGUUUUGAAUGUCAUGACUACCAUCAUCCACAAGCUUCAUACCCUGAUGGAGGAUAAGAUUCCUGCUAUUAUGGACAGCGUCUUCAGCUGCACUUUGGAGAUGAUCAACAAGGAUUUCCAUGAAUACCCCGAGCAUCGGGUUCAGUUCUUCAAGCUCCUGCAAGCCAUCAACCUGUACUGUUUCCAGGCCCUCCUCAAGCUUGAUGGCACCCAGUUCAAGUUUGUCAUUGAUUCCUGCAUGUGGGCCUCCAAGCACGAUAACCGCGAGGUGGAGAACACGGGUCUGACCAUGUGCUUGGAACUGAUGAACAACAUGGCCGAGGCGGAUGUGCAAACCUCGAGCAUCUUCUUCCGUCAAUUCUACAUCCCGAUCCUCCAGGAUGUUUUCUUCGUCCUUACGGAUAGUGACCACAAGGCUGGUUUCAAGUCCCAGGCCAUGCUCUUGUCUCGCAUGUUCGAAUUCGUCGAAACCGGCAAGAUACAGGAGCCUAUCUACGCUGCCGAUCAAGCGCCGGUGGGCACUUCCAACAAGCAGUUCCUGCAGGAAUACGUCGCAAACCUGCUGCAUAAUGCUUUCAAGAAUCUGCAAGAGGCUCAAAUCAAGCAAUUUGUCCUUGGCUUGUUUGCUUACACUAAUGACUUGAACAAGUUCAAGACCCAUCUGCGUGAUUUCUUGAUCUCCCUCAAGGAGUUCUCUGAUGACAACGCCGACCUCUAUGCAGAAGAACGAGAGCAGGCCGUGCGCGAUGCGCAAGCCGCCGAGCGGACUCGGGCUAUGAAAGUGGGAGGAUUGUUGAAGCCAUCGGAGAUGGAUCAGGAGGACGAGCUAUGACUGGAUCAGGAGUUGCGCACUGAAUUUCCCCCACCGGCGUCGGCUGGCUCUUCUGGAAGGUUGGGGGAUCCAAGCUCAAUGAGGAGCGCUGGCCUUGACGGCUGGUCUCUCUACGAGCUCUAGAUGAUUGGAGGGGGCAUGCAUAUGAGAGUCGGAAUGCGCACAACACGCAGCAUAGAAUCGGCCCUCUCCUUUCAGAUGCUUUUAUGUUCUUUUUUUUUUUUUUUGGCGCAAAGAUGAUGCAAUGAUGCUACCCAGUCUCCUUUCCUCCGCUUCGUGUAUUUUGCAACCCCUUUGGAAUGUCGAGGGUGGUCAUGUUUAAUAUGUUUCUUUUUCUCUCUCACCAUAGCUCUUUGGAAGGAAAAUAAAAGGAAAAUUUUGCGCCAAUAUAUUUGUUUACCUUGAGAAGAUCGAUCUGUACGACAAUUGAACCCCGUCUAGUAGAAAGUGGGUGGUUACAAACAUGUACGCACCUCUCGCUCU